AUGUCGAUGGUGGAUGAGCCACUGUAUCCGAUAGCGGUACUAAUAGAUGAAUUAAAGAAUGAUGACAUUCAACUGCGUUUGAACUCUAUACGUAGACUAUCCACCAUUGCGCGUGCACUUGGGGAAGAGAGGACUCGGAAGGAGUUGAUUCCAUUUUUGAGUGAGAACAAUGAUGACGAUGAUGAGGUGCUCCUUGCUAUGGCUGAAGAAUUGGGUGUUUUUAUUCCAUAUGUUGGAGGAGUGGAGCAUGCUCAUGUCUUGCUCCCUCCUCUGGAAACACUAUGUACUGUGGAAGAGACCUGUGUGAGGGACAAAGCGGUGGAGUCAUUGUGCAGAAUUGGAUCACAGAUGAGGGAGAGUGAUUUGGUUGAUUCGGUUAUUCCUCUUGUGAAGAGGUUGGCAGCUGGUGAGUGGUUUACGGCUCGUGUCUCAGCUUGUGGAUUAUUUCAUAUUGCUUACCCGAGUGCCCCAGAUCUGUUAAAGACAGAAUUAAGGUCAAUAUACAGCCAAUUGUGUCAAGAUGAUAUGCCAAUGGUAAGAAGGGCUGCUGCGACAAAUUUGGGGAAAUUUGCUGCCACUGUGGAAGCUGCUAAUCUCAAGACUGAUAUCAUGUCUAUGUUUGAGGAUCUUACCCAGGAUGAUCAAGAUUCUGUUCGCUUACUAGCAGUUGAGGGCUGUGCUGCUCUUGGCAAGUUGUUGGAGCCUCAAGAUUGUGUUGCCCAUAUUCUCCCUGUAAUUGUCAACUUCUCACAGGAUAAAUCUUGGCGUGUUCGCUACAUGGUUGCCAAUCAGUUGUAUGAGCUUUGUGAGGCUGUGGGACCUGAACCUACUAGGACGGAUUUGGUUCCUGCUUAUGUGCGCCUACUCCGAGAUAAUGAAGCAGAAGUGCGAAUUGCAGCUGCUGGAAAAGUUACAAAAUUUUGUCGGAUCCUCAAUCCGGAACUUGCUAUUCAGCAUAUUCUUCCCUGUGUAAAGGAAUUAUCAUCUGAUUCUUCACAGCAUGUAAGGUCAGCUUUGGCAUCUGUCAUUAUGGGAAUGGCUCCUGUGUUAGGAAAGGAUGCAACAAUUGAACAACUUCUUCCUAUAUUUCUCUCCCUUUUGAAAGAUGAGUUUCCUGAUGUUCGCCUCAAUAUUAUUAGCAAGCUAGAUCAAGUCAAUCAGGUUAUUGGAAUUGAUUUACUCUCACAGUCUCUAUUACCAGCUAUUGUUGAGCUUGCAGAGGAUAGGCAUUGGAGGGUUCGGCUUGCCAUCAUAGAAUAUAUACCUUUAUUGGCUAGUCAGUUGGGUGUCGGAUUUUUUGAUGAUAAGCUGGGUGCUCUUUGCAUGCAGUGGCUGCAGGACAAGGUUUACUCUAUCCGGGAUGCUGCAGCUAAUAAUUUGAAGCGUCUGGCUGAGGAGUUCGGUCCAGAGUGGGCAAUGCAGCAUAUAGUUCCCCAGGUUUUGGAUAUGGUAACCAAUCCGCAUUAUUUGUAUCGGAUGACCGUUCUUCAGGCAAUUUCAUUACUUGCUCCUGUCAUGGGUUCUGAGAUUACAUGUUCUAAGUUGUUGCCUGUGAUCGUUACUGCAUCAAAGGAUAGGGUACCCAACAUCAAGUUUAACGUGGCUAAGGUGUUGCAGUCCAUGAUCCCCAUUGUUGAUCAAUCCGUGGUGGAGAAAACAAUACGCCCCAGUUUGGUGGAGCUUUCUGAGGACCCUGAUGUAGAUGUCCGUUUCUUUGCGAACCAAGCACUUCAGUCGAUCGACAAUGUGAUGAUGUCGAGCUAGACAAGUUGAUGCUGUUUAAUUCCCAUGGCCGCUGCUGCUAUUCAUAUGUCCUUUUCAUUAUAGUGGUCCUGGAUAGUAGUCCUUGAUUUGUUUGAAGGAUCUAAAUCUUACAUUUCACGCCACUAUUUGUAUCUUCACUUUUAUCCGUCCCUUUUUUGCGUCCCUUUGGCUUGCUGGCUGUUACUAGUGUUUAAAGGGUAGUAUACUGACAUAUGUAUGGCUAAAAUCUAACGCUGUCAAAGUUUGAAAUGAUAAUUUUAGGGUGUCUAUUCGGUUCUUGAAA